UCCUGGCAUCAGCUGUGACUUGACGCAGGCUGCUGGGGCGCCAGGCAGCAGCAGUAGCUGUCCCGUCAUCAGCUCACACCCAACGGGGCUGCAGCGCACCGCUCCUCCGGCGUGAACAUCAUGACACCCCGAUUCAAAACCGCAAUCUGAGCCGCACUGAGGGAAUCGGCGGAGGACUGUUAGCAACGGACGUGGAUACACACUCACACUCAUGCACAUAUUCAUACACAUUAACAGGCGCACACACAGGAUCGCUAAAAUUGCAGCGGCCACCAGCAGCACAGCACAGACUGGAGCUGUGACCGAGGCGAACUCCACUGCUCCGUGGAAUUGCUCUCUUCGCCCCAGAGACGCGUCCCGCUCGGACCCCUGCUAAAGAAAUCCCUCCCCGCGAGUCGUUUCACGCCAAAAAUGUCUUCUUCGGGCAAGGACGCCAACAGCGGGCAUUACGCCAACUAUGUGGGACCGUACCGCCUGGAGAAGACGCUGGGCAAAGGACAGACAGGUCUGGUGAAGCUGGGUGUCCACUGUGUCACAAACCAGAAAGUUGCCAUAAAGAUUGUCAACAGAGAAAAGCUCAGUGAGUCAGUUCUUAUGAAGGUGGAGCGGGAGAUAGCUAUUCUCAAACUCAUAGAGCAUCCUCACGUUUUAAAGCUGCACGACGUCUACGAAAACAAGAAAUACCUAUACCUGGUGCUAGAGCAUGUGUCUGGUGGGGAGCUUUUUGAUUACCUGGUGAAGAAAGGCCGGUUAACACCGAAAGAGGCUCGAAAGUUCUUCAGACAAAUCAUCUCCGCUUUGGACUUCUGCCACAGCCACUCCAUAUGCCACAGAGAUUUGAAGCCCGAGAACUUGUUGUUAGAUGAGAAGAACAACAUCAGGAUAGCAGACUUUGGCAUGGCGUCUCUGCAGGUCGGGGACAGUCUGCUGGAGACCAGCUGCGGAUCUCCACACUACGCCUGCCCAGAGGUUAUCAGGGGGGAGAAGUAUGAUGGGAGGAAAGCCGAUGCGUGGAGCUGUGGAGUCAUCCUGUUUGCACUUUUAGUGGGUGCUCUUCCUUUUGAUGACGACAACCUGAGAAACCUGCUGGAGAAGGUGAAGCUGGGAGUUUUCCACAUGCCUCACUUUAUCCCUCCAGACUGUCAGAACCUUCUGCGUGGCAUGAUUGAAGUAGACCCCAUCAAGAGGCUGACGUUGGAGCAGAUCCAGAAGCAUACGUGGUAUCUAGCUGGAAAGAACGAGCCAGAACCCGAGCAGCCCAUCCCCAGGAAGGUGGCCAUCAGAACACUUGCUUCGGUCGAAGAGAUCGACCCCGACGUCCUGGAGAGCAUGCACUCCCUGGGCUGCUUCAGAGACAAGGACAAACUGACCAAAGAUCUGCUGUCUGAGGAGGACAACCAGGAAAAGAUGAUCUACUUCUUGCUACUGGACCGGAAGGAGAGGUAUCCCAGCCACGAGGACCAGAACCUGCCACCACGCAACGAGAUCGACCCUCCCAGGAAGCGUGUAGACUCCCCCAUGCUGAGCCGUCACGGCAAGCGGAGGCCGGAGAGAAAGUCCAUGGAGGUGCUGAGCGUCACAGAGGGAGGGUCUCCUGUACCGGUGCGGCGAGCCAUCGACAUGGCCACGCACGGACAGAGCAAAUCUGUUUUCAGUAAGAGCUUGGAUAUCACAAACGCUAACUGCAGCAAGGAGGAAAGGUAUUGGAUUUCUGAGUUUCUGUGUUGUUGUCUGUGUUAUUUUCUUCCCACUCAUCUCUUUGGUUUUUCUUAUUGCUUGCGAAAGUUCGUCACACCUUUGUCUUUCACUUUUAGAUGUAGCAUGUGGUUCAUCAUAGAAAAAGUUUAUUUACCUUUUGUUAUGAAAAUCUGUCUGUGGCCACUCAAAUAUUUGUCAUUGCUUUUGCAUCAUUUUUACAUUAAUGGAGCGUCCUCUGGUCUGUCCACCAGUCCUCUCAGCAGUCCCAGGGUGACUCCCCACCCCUCCCCCAGAGGGAGCCCACUCCCAACCCCCAAAGGCACCCCAGUGCACACGCCCAAGGACAGCCCGGCUGGCACGCCCAGCCCAACACCACCGCCCAGCCCUUCCAUUGGUGGCAUGCCCUGGAGGACGCGCCUCAACUCCAUCAAGAACAGCUUCCUCGGCUCACCACGCUUCCACCGCAGGAAAAUGCAAGUUCCCACCCAGGAGGAUAUGUCCAGUCUCACCCCAGACUCCUCGCCAGAACUGGCUAAGAAGUCAUGGUUUGGAAACUUCAUCAAUCUGGAGAAGGAGGAGCAGAUCUUCAUAGUCAUCAGAGACAAACCUCUCAGCUCCAUAAAGGCCGACAUUGUGCACGCCUUCCUUUCUAUUCCCAGUCUGAGCCACAGCGUCAUCUCUCAGACCAGUUUCCGGGCAGAGUACAAGUCCACAGCUGGUCCGACGGUUUUCCAGAAGCCGGUGAAGUUCCAGGUGGACAUCACCUACACCGAGAGCACCAGCGCCACAAAGGAGAACGGCAUAUAUUCUGUCACCUUCACCUUGCUCUCAGGCCCUAGCCGACGCUUCAAGCGUGUGGUGGAGACCAUCCAGGCCCAGUUGCUCAGCUCCAACGACCAGGCUGGCAUCCAGCCACAAAUAUCCGAUGGCUCUCAGCGCUCAGCUUCUUUGCCCAGUAAAUCCUCCAAGCGUGGCAGCCCGUUGAGUAACUUCUUUGACGUAAUUAAACAGCUUUUUUCAGACGAGAAGAACAUCCAAGCGUCCCACUCCCCCGGCGCCACGCCUAGCUCCCCCACCAAGCAUACCCCCAGCAGCAAGCCCAACCAGCCCCCACCUAAUGACUCUAAAUGCCCCCCUGGCAAAGACAAAACAAAGAUGGCUGCCAGCAGCAGGACACAGGAACAACCUUAAGGAGCCGUAGCUGUGCAUGACUAGAUGAAAGCAGUAAUCAGGUCAUUAAAUAAGAGAAAUUAGGAGAGCUGCUAACUUUGCCCUUUAGUUAAGAAUAAAACAAGAAGAUCUACUUUUUGCCUAUAAAUUUUGUACUUAAUAAUGGGAAUGGCUAUUUCAGUUUAAAAGUCGAUCAGUAUUUUACAAUAAGUAGCAGAUGUAGCUUCGUCGUCCCUACCUUGUGUCCCUCUGUGUCCUCCUCACAUGUGUGAUGGCUUGACUUGUCUCUGCCACCAGGGAUCAUCCAUAAUAACUAUUAACCUUGGCGAGACGGCUGACAGCGGCCUGCUGGGCCUGCCAGCACCAGGAGAGUUUGAAACUGGAAAAGACUGAGGACCACUUCCCUAGCCCACUUGAAUCCACUCCCCCCGCCCUAUAUCUUUGAGUCUCUUCCUGCUGCCGCAUCAGUAGAGUACACUUCACCCCGCCAGACCAAACACAGACACGUCUUGGAAGACUUGUAAAAAGAAAAAGAAAAAAAGCCUUAAGACAGUGACGUUUGUCAGUCUGCACACAUGUAUACCCUCUCCCUCUUUCUUCCAUUUCUCCUACAUGUACAUAAAAAAAUGCACCCACACAUACACCUCGGCAUAAACAACCUGUUCGCGUGAUGAACUUGAAAUCGAGAUGGGAUGCAGGAGCGAUGGAAGAAAGCAAAGGUGGACGGAUGGAUCAACAAACACUGGCUGGAUUGUAAUUCUUUUUAAAAUCAUAUUUCUUUGUGAGCAGCAGGUUCUUUUAGCUCGCUCUGUGGUGUUUCUGUACAUGGGUUCUUGCAAUUAAAGACUGCCCAUAAAAGUAUGAUAAAGAGGGUUGGCGGUGGUAAUAUUAUAUAAAUGAAUGAUCUAUUCUGUUGUACAGACUAAACUAUGUCCCUGCUUAGUGUCAAAAAGUGUAGUAGUGGCAUUAUGUUUUAGAGUUUUUGCCAUAUUUUCUUUUGUAUUCACGAACAGGCACGGCCACACCAGCAUUUGAAAUGUUUCAUUGUAACAGUAGAUGGUGCUCACAUACAGGAAGAGACCUGCAACAGAGGUCGUGGGGAGUCAAGAAAUAAUGCAACUGCUAGCGAUAACGGCAAAACAACCUUUGUUAAUGUGAGGUACACGAAUAGUAAUCUAAAUGAGCUAGUUAGCUAGCUGCAGACUUGCUAGCUAAACUUAGUUUCUCACUUCAGACGGAAGAGCCCAUUACGGUAAAAAAUAGAAAAUGCUCAAAAAGCCAUCUUGGAUUUAGCGCUAGCAAGUUCUUGCUAGCUAGCGCGUUGACCGUUAACAUUGCCCAGGAAAUUUUGCUGGUGUGACCAGGCCUUUUUGCUUAGUCGUCUCCUUUUUAUUUUGCACUUUGAACAUUUGUCUUGAGUUACACCAUUUCAGUAUGUUUUAAAUUUUCUCUUUUAUUCCCCAAGUUCUUUUAGAUUAUCUGCAGGUUUCAGACAAUAUUGAACUGCUGUGUAUAUUUUUGUACUUUACUGUAUUUUGUCAUUUUUUUAUUUAAUUUAUUAUUGUUUAUUUAUAUGAAAGAUGUAGAGAAUGUUUCUUAAUGUCAGAUUAUUUAAGGAUAUUUUUGUCAUGUUUAAUUUAUUUGACCACUGAGAAAUGAAAACAUUUGUGUGUGUUUGUUGCUUUCCCUGGUUUUUGAUGCAAGAAACCUUGUAAUAUAUGUUUGGGAAAAUAAUUUACUGUAAUUUAAGAAUGUAGUUUUAGCCUCUUUGAGAGGAACAAACCCUUUGUUGAUAACUGUCCUUUUCCCCAUGCCCCGUGCGCAUAUGACGGCUCAGAACUCACCAAACACUCAUUCUGUAAAUAAGCCGAGUUUACUGGCAAGCUUAUUUAAAAAAGAAAAGAAAAAAACCAUAAAAAAACAAGGGGAUCCCUAUUCUUAGCUUUGACCUUGUAUGGUUGUUUGCAUGUUCAGCAUUUGUCUUUUCUUUGCAUGUUGUCGUUGGAAUUGUUCUCCUCUUCCCCUUUUCUCUACACGUUUCAGUUCUUUAUGUGCAUUCAUUUGAAUUUGCUUUUUUGUUUUUUUACAUUUUCAUUUAAUUUGCUGUCCUUUCUCUUUUUUGAUUACUGUGUGCACACAGUAACCGUGCAAUGCAUUCUCCUUACUCAUUCUCUCAAAGAGGGACCUUGCUGGCAAUUGGGUCACUCACUCAGCCCAUCUGGGUGUGUGUUGAGUUGUCAGAAAGAAAAAUUAAAGCAAUACCUUUCAUCAUUCGCUUUCCUCUUUUUCUACUGUGGGAAUCCAGAGCACACAGAAUGGACUCUUCGGUACUGAGCGCUACUACUGAGCAGGAUAACCAUUUGCAAUGUAUUCCCUUGUGAUGUUACUGUGAACAACUUCAGUGCUAAAGGAAAUAAAUCUGUUGACUUUGGA